CCGUACAAACAAAACAAAAGGGACCUUCGUUUUCAGAUACAAACCGGAAUCGUCGUAUUGUUCUGUUCCCCAGAUUUCUUCUCGAACUCUCCGAACUCCAUAACUGAAAGCUCGCAAGAUCCAAAUCCCAACCCCAAUCGGCCUCCCCUAUUAACGAUGGAGCAGAGCCAAUCGGAUCAAUCCCACCCCCAGAAACCCACGGAUCAAUCCCACCCCGAGAAACCCACGCAGGAGCCCGACACCAAGCACGACAAGCUUCACUCCCCCGAUUACUCUCCCUACCCAAAGCUCGACCCCGCCGACGUCGCCCCUCCUCCGGAGAACUGGUCCAACCUCACUGCCUCCGCCCCCCGAGCUCCGAUCUCCGGCGACGCCGCCACCACCAUGCCCGCCGAAUCCAACCCCUAUGUCACUCCCGCUCCUGCGCCACAGUCGUCAGUGAAGAAUACGGUGGACUCCGUGAAGGAUGUGCUCGGGAAAUGGGGCAAGAAAGCGGCUGAGGCAACUAAGAAGGGUCAGGACCUUGCUGGGAAUAUGUGGCAGCACCUGAAAACAGGCCCUAGUUUUGCUGAUGCUGCUGUUGGUAGAAUUGCUCAAGGAACAAAGGUUCUUGCCGAAGGUGGUUACGAGAAGGUUUUCCGGCAAAAUUUUGAGACUGUUCCCGAGGAACAGCUCCUGAAGUCGUAUGCAUGUUACUUGUCCACAUCUGCUGGUCCUGUUAUGGGCACUUUAUAUUUGUCCACAGCAAAGCUCGCAUUCUGCAGUGACAAUCCUCUCUCUUAUAAAGUUGGUGAACAGACUGAAUAUAGUUACUAUAAGGUGGUCAUUCCACGACAUCAUUUGAAGGCUGUGAACCCAUCAACAAGCAGAGUCAAUCAAGCCGAGAAGUACAUCCAAGUGAUCUCCAUCGAUAAUCAUGAAUUCUGGUUCAUGGGCUUCGUUCACUACGACAGUGCUGUCAAAAACCUGCAAGAAGCCAUCCCGCCCAACGCCUUGUAAUGCUCCGGACAUGAAUUUUGACAUCAGAAUCAUACUGGAAUGCCCUGGCCCGUGUAUAGAUCAUGCUUGUUCUAUGAUAGCUCCAAAAUCUGCGAAUCUAAAAACCAUCAUGGUUAGAUCUAUUUAUCUGUCGGACAAGAAGAUGUAGACAUUGUGUUCAGUUUUGUGAAUGAGUGUUUCCCUUUGCAUAUCCAGUUCAUGAACAGGGGAUCGCUGUUGUAUUAUUCGUUUGCAUCUCAUUUGUAAUAUACUCCAAUUUAUUUAUUUGAAACGGGUCCAAUAAUAGACAUGUUGAAUCCGUAUGUUCCUGUUCA